AUGGCCUUUCGGCCUUACUGCCCUGUCAAUUGUGACCCAGGAGAAACCCUAGAAGGCUCUCAGGGCCUUGACGAACGGAGGAGACCUCCGACGAUGGUGCGCGAUCCGGCCACAAGGAAUCUCACUAUUCAUUUUUGUCUUUGCUUGGUGGGGAACCUUAAUGUUCAUUCUUGGUUGCUUUUGGCAAAGAAUCACUCUCGUUCAUAUUUGUCUUUGCUUUGUAAGGAAUCUCACUAUUCUUCUUGGGAAUCUCCCCUGUUCAUAUUCUGUUUUUGGACUGGGUGUAUUGUAUGUGCCAAUUGCCAUUUAGCGAAUAAACCCAUGCAUAUUGAGGUUCUACAAGCGAUACUUCCUGAUACUAUAUUUGAAGCGGUUGUUAGAAUUUCUUAUGAUAUCCAAUUGAAACAAGUUCUUGCUAAUGGUAAGAAAGAGACUUUGAAUGUGGGUGUUGUUCUUAUUUUACCAGAGGGGUUCGAGUUAGCCGCCUGA